AUGAGUCCUCGGUUCGGUCUUUGGGAACUUCUAGGAGUUGGUAUAGCCUCCUUUAUGGCUGGCUAUGGUGUCCAUUUGAUUGUUGAUCAAGGGAACGUGGUCGCUACCAAACAUGAACAAGUUGAAGAUGAUGAUGGACAUGACGAGUCACAAUAUGACGAGUCAGAUAGUGAUGUGGAAAUCGAUUCGAAGGCGUUGAAUAGUAUCCCUGGCGAGGUAAGAAUGACUUUAAUAGUUCGUCAGGAUUUGAAAAUGACUAAAGGGAAAGCUGCUGCUCAAUGUUCCCAUGCUACAUUGGCAUUGUAUAGAAAAAUGACAGAUCCAUCAAGUAAUGCUUAUAAUCCAGAAAUGAUUAAACGUUGGGAAUACGGCAAUGGUCAAGCUAAAAUCACUUUACAAGUGCCUAACCAGGAAGAAAUGGAUACAUUGUUUGCACAAGCCAUGUCAUUAGGUAUCAAUGCUUAUAUUGUUCAUGAUGCCGGUAGAACCCAAAUUGCUGCUGGAAGUGCCACUGUAUUAGGAAUCGGACCUGCUCCAAAAGUUGUCAUAGAUGAAAUAACUCAUUCAUUGAAACUAUACUAA